AUGCAUCUCCAAACGGACCUACCGUGCGACGUCUCGCGGAGAAGCUGCGACGUGGAGAAGAUACAGAUCUCUCAAGAGGCGGAGAUGCUGUAUUACGAGCUAAUACGCGCACUUGAGGAGGAAGAAAAGCGUGUGCGCGCGUUCACGACGUCGCUGGAGGAGCUGGCGGCGAGGGUGCAGGCGGCGGAGGCGGCGCGCGCCACCUGGCGAGCGCCCGGCGACGCCAGGGACGCCCGCGCCCAGCUGGACGCGGUGUCCCGUGCCCGGGCCCAGCUGCCCCCCCUGCGCCGCCUGGCGGACGAGCUGCGCGCCCAAGCCCAGCAGCUGGCUAGGGACAAUGUCCAGCUGCCGGAACACCUGCGCGCGCGCCUCGACGACCUGAACGCUAGGGUUUCGGCUCUGAGCGCCGGCGGGGAGGAGCGGGCGCGCCAGCUAGCAGGCGUGGCCAGGGAUGGGGGAGCUGGUGCCGCGCAGGGCUUCCUGGCUGGCUCCGUCAGGGCACCCUGGGAGCGUGCAGUCACGCCUGCCAACGUCCCUUACUACAUCAACCACGAAUUGGAAACCACACACUGGGAUCACCCGAAGAUGAUCGAGCUGAUGAACUCACUCGCCGACCUCAACGAAGUCCGCUUCUCGGCAUACAGGACGGCCCUGAAGCUGAGGACCGUGCAGAAAGCGCUGUGCAUGCACAUGCUACAACUGCCAGCCGCUCUGGAGGCUUUCGACUCCCACGGCCUUCGAGCACAGAACGACCGCCUCAUAGACAUUCCAGACAUGAUCACAGUGCUCACAUCUCUGUACGAAGUGAUCGCGGCCGAGAACCCGAGCCUGGUGAACGUGCCGCUCUGCCUGGACCUGUCCGUCAACUGGCUGCUGAACGUGUACGACAGCCAGCGCACCGGCCAGAUCCGCGUGCUCAGCUUCAAGGUCGGCCUGGUGCUGCUCUGCAAGGGCCACCUGGAGGAGAAGUACAGAUACUUAUUCCGGCUGAUCGCGGACCCGUCUUGCCGAGCAGACCAAAGGAAGCUAGGUCUACUACUGCAUGAUUGCAUACAGGUCCCCAGGCAGCUGGGCGAGGUGGCCGCUUUCGGGGGGUCGAACAUCGAGCCGUCGGUGAGGAGUUGCUUCGAGCAGGCGUCUGCCACCGCCAAGGAGGGUGGCAAAGGUGGCACCUUGGACAGGAAGUCGGGUAACUACAGUCUGUUGAAUAUGGGUUGCUUCGAGCAGGCGGCUGCCACCGCCAAGGAGGGUGGCAAAGGUGGCACCUUGGACAGGAAGUCGGGUAACUACAGUCUGUUGAAUAUGGGUUGCUUCGAGCAGGCGGCUGCCACCGCCAAGGAGGGUGGCAAAGGUGGCACCUUGGACAGGAAGUCGGGUAUCUGU